AGUACGGUUGAACGGACGCCUCCUCCUUCUCGAAAUCGGUUAGUUUCUUGUCAUGUAUCCUCUUUUCAUUGCUGCAUUGAUUGAUUUGUAGGAGGCGAUGAAGAAGAAGAGCCAUACUAACGUACAUUUUGACUAUGGAGGGUACUAUUCAGAAGGGAAUGAGUGGAUUUAUAAAAAUUCACUAUACGCUAUAUCGUUUAAGACGGCAUGUUUAGAGAAGAUAACUUAUUCGGUGCUAUUAGAUAAGAUCACUACGAAGGUUGGCCAGAAUGGAGUCCCUGGGAAUCUGAGACUGAGUUACAAUCUAUCUAAAGCUCGGAGAGAGACAUAUAUUGUAGAUGAUGAGGACGUAUACAUUUUUUUAACAGAAUGUGAUGAAGAGGGUCGUAUUCCAGUUUUGCAUGUGGAGCUAUUAAGUGACAAUAACCAGAGGGUGGAAGUGUUAGUACCGGAGCGUCGAAGUUCAGUUGGUGUGAAUUAUGUAGAGCUAGUGAAUGUGAAUGAAGGUAUGGAAGUUGUGGCUGUGGAAAGGUCGAUGGAUAACCAUUUGGAUGAAGAUGUGGAUGGUAUGUUUGAUUUUGAUGAUAUUCCAGCUAUUCCAAAUCGUGUAAAAGGUACUCCAAAGAAUAUAGAAUGGGAAGAUGGUACGGGUAUAGAACUUUAUCAAGAAUUUUGUUCUAAGGAGGCACUAUGGGAAUUGGUAAACAAAGCUGCAAAACAAUUAGUUUAUGGGGUUUUAACAAUUAAGUCUGACCCGUUGAGACUUAUGUUACGAUGCAAACAAUAUUCUCAAGGGUGUAAAUGGUAUUUACGAGUUGCGAGAACAAAGCAAUCAGAUUAUUGGAGUGUUAGAGUGCAUAGAAAGAUCCAUACAUGCUCGCGGUCUGUUGAGUCUACAAGCAAUAGUGUACAGAGAGGAACACCACGAUUAAUAGCAGCUGUUUUACAUGCUGACUUUCCAGGUAAUCUACAGACCCCAAAUCCAAAAAGCAUCAUGUCUAUUGUGACAGGAAGACUUGGUGUGCAUUGUUCAUACUCCACUGCAUUAAGAGGGAAAAUGCAGCAUGUUAGUGAAGUGAGAGGUGGACCAGAAAAAAGCUACAAGAUGUUGUUUUCUUAUCUCUAUAUGUUAGAGAAGAAGCUGAAAACUGUAUAUCCAGAAGUUCCUGAUUUGGUGUUUAUUAGUGACAGGCAUCAAAGCAUCAAGAAGGCUGUCAUGACGGUGUACCCGAAUGCGCAUCAUGUACACUGUAUAUGGCAUUUGUCUCAAAAUCUAAGACUCCGUGCAAAGACUGAUAAGGAUGGAGCUGCGAAGAAGUUCUUGGAGUGCGCUCAUGCUUAUACUGAGAGUGAGUUCAAUAGAGAAUAUGGUAUUUUUAGGAGUCGGUGGUCUAAUGCUGCUGACUAUUUAGAUAGAGCCGUAGGGAGAGAGCAGUGGUCUAGGUACCAUUUCCAAGGAGACAAGUACAACAUAGACACUAGCAAUGCUGCGGAGUCCAUGAACGCUGUGUUUAAGAAAGCGAGGAAGUAUCACCUCUUACCUAUGAUUGAUGCCAUGGUUGAGAAGUUCUCUGAAUGGUUUAACAACCAUAGGCAAGAUUCAGGUAAUGCAUCGAGCACAUCACAGGUUGUGCCUUUUGUGGAGAACAUAUUGCAUGCUCGAUGUUUAGUUGCUGCGAAGUUAAAAGUUGUUGAGCUUAACAGUUAUAGACAAGAAUACAACGUCAUUGAUGGGAUGUCGGUAAGCUUUUUGGUGGAUUUGAAAAUGAAAACUUGUUCUUGCAAGACAUUUGAUAUAGACAAGUAUCCGUGUGUCCAUGCCAUUGCCGCAGCAAGGUUCCUAGCCCGCAAGGAAGGGAGAAAUGCAGAUGUAAGCAUAUAUGGACUUUGCUCCGUCUUUUAUUUGAUUGAUACUUGGGCAUUGGCAUAUUACAGGACGUUGUUUGUAGUGCCACAUGAGUCAGAAUGGAAUAUUCCCGAGUCAGUUAAAGAGUUGGAGGCUGAGCCGCCGGAUUACACUCCAAAAAAAGGACGCAAUCAAGAUAAACGGUUUCCAUCUGUUGGAGAAAAACGGAGAAAGAGUAACAAAGCUGUUCCAGGAAUUAACUUGGAGAGAUGGCUACAGCCCGAGGAUCCAGAAGCAUCUUGAUUAAUUCCCUGGUUCAACCGGUACAA